AAAAAUUAGGAUAUUUUCUUAUGCUUUGGUCUGCAAAUUUGCUUUAUUUUCCAUAAUUUUUUAUGUCUGAUAUUGAUUUUGAGCUUCCUAUUGAAGAAAGUUAUGAUUUUUGAGAGUAAAAAGUCUGAUUUGUGGCGAAGAGUUGAAUUUUCACCUUUUGAUAGUUAGGUUUGUUUGUGUUUAUCUUUUAUUUUGAUUAUUGAGGGAGAAAAGGGUCUGAUUUUUGGCAAAAGAUUUGAAUCUUUACUUUUGAUUUCUAGGGUUUGGACUUUGGUUCCCCCUUGCUUUAUACUAUUGAUUUCGGAGCCGCUAUAAACAGAUUUUGGUGCUUUUUUUUGUUGGUUUCUCUGCUUUUCAGUUUACUUUCUUUUAAUGGAGAUAUAUAAUUGUUUUAGAAUUUUCCUUUACAGAUUAUGUGUAUAUAUAUUCAAGUCCUUUUCCCUUAUCUGAAAUUCGAGCUUAAUUCUGUGCAGCAAAUUGAUGGAUAAAUAUUAAAACUGGAACUUGAUUCUUUCAUGUGCAGAGGGUGGUUCCACUUAAUACGUGGAUCCUAAUCUCCAAUUUCAAGCUUUCGUACAACAUGCUUCGACGUCCUGAUGGUACCUUUAACCGUGAUUUGGCAGAGUUCCUUGAACGAAAAGUCCCCCCGAAUGCCAAUCCGGUGGACGGGGUUUACUCUUUUGAUGUUCUGGAUCGUUCAACGAAACUUCUUAACCGGGUUUAUUUAGCUGCCCCUGAAAAUGAGGCUAAAUUUGGAAUUGAAGAAGAACUAGAAAAGCCCUUGAGUAGUACUGAGGUUGUUCCAGUAAUCAUAUAUUUCCAUGGGGGAAGCUUCACUCAUUCCUCCGCCAACAGUGCUAUCUAUGACAUGUUUUGUCGUCGCCUUGUUAGCAUUUGCAAUGCUGCUGUGGUAUCGGUGAAUUAUCGUCGCUCACCAGAACAUAGGUAUCCAUGUGCGUAUGAUGACGGAUGGACAGCUCUUAAGUGGGUUAACUCAAGACCAUGGCUAAGGAGUGGGAAGGAUUUGAAGGUUCAUGUAUAUUUGGUGGGGGAUAGUUCGGGGGGAAAUAUUGCACACCAUGUGGCGGUGCGGGCUGCGGACGAGGGAGUUGAGGUAUUGGGUAACAUUCUUCUUCAUCCGAUGUUUGGUGGCCAAGAGAGGAAGGAUUCAGAGAAAAGAUUGGAUGGGAAAUACUUUGUCACAGUUCAAGACAGGGAUUGGUACUGGAGAGCAUAUUUACCCGAAGGAGAAGAUAGGGACCAUCCAGCGUGUAAUAUUUUC